AGGGAACGCCGAGAAACAGAAGAGCUGUCUCUUUCGGCACUGCGUCCCACCUCUUUUCUGCCCUCUCCACCGCUCGCCGUCAGGCAGAGCGUGAUUGACAGGAGGAAGAGCUUCUCACAAACGCACGAAAGGAAGUCGAGUUUCAAAGGAACGAGAACAAACAGGCAGUGGAGUAGUUAGCCCCCGUUGUUGAGGGCCCUGGAAAAGUAGCAGACCUGUCUUCCGGGGGCGGGAGUCGGUGCUGCUGUUCUCAUUCGGCUGAUGGCUUUGAGGGCGCUGGAGAGCCUUUGGGUGCUCAGAAUGGGGAACAGUGCAUCUACUGCUACAGCUAUAUCUAAUACUGCUACAGCUAACAAGAUAAAAGAUGCUAUAUCAGAUAAUUGUGUGGUGAUCUUCUCAAAAAGCACAUGUUCCUACUGCAAAAUGGCAAAGAAACUAUUUCAAGAAAUGAAUGUGAAUUAUAAAGCCAUAGAACUUGAUAGAUAUGAAAAUGGAAGUCAGUUUCAGGAUAUUCUUCAUCAAAUGACAGGCAGCAGGACAGUUCCUAGAAUAUUUAUCAAUGGAAACUUUGUGGGAGGCGCUGCAGAUACUCAGCGACUUCACAGAGAGGGUAAACUGCUUCCAUUAGUUCACCAAUGCCAGAUCCAAAGAGAAGGAAAUUCAGUACCCUCAUAUGGUUUUCCUUGACUUCUUAAUAAAACUUGACAAUCUUCAA